AUGACCAUGUCCCACUACACUGAUGCCGCCGCCCCCGGCGGCGGCAAUGCUGCGCAGUCGCCAGGCAGCCAGGCCGCCAUGGCGGCUGCAGCCAUGUCGUUUUCGAUGGACCAGAGGAAGAACGACAGCUCCGCUGGGGCCAGCACGGCCGCAACUCCGGUGUACAGACGGCGAAAACAGCAGCAAGCGCAGUCGCAGUCGCAAGCGCAGUCGCAAGUGCAACCGCAAGGGCAAAGAAAGCAACCGUAUACGCCCCGACUCGCCACAGAUCAGCCGUCUUUCCCUCAGAGCGAGAUGCAGGUGGACGCCUCGAGCCGGUCACCCACCAACCGCCACUACAGACAGCCCCCGGAGCGGAAGAUAGCGUCGCCGCAGACUCCGCUGCCGGCAUCGUCGGCGUCGUCCGUGGUGGCUUCGUCGGCGUCCACCCUCUCGCCGUCCUCGCAGAACAACAAGAGCCUGUGGAACGACCUCAACCACUCAUCGUCCACAACAGCCCUCGCGGCAGCCGCCUCCAUCGCCAAGAUGAACCCCUCCUCAUUGAUUUCCAACACAACCUCGCCGAAGCUGGUCCGCAAGCCCAUUCCCACGGCAACCCACUCGAUGAUCCACUCCACUCUGAGAAAGUCCCCUCAGCAGACAAGCACCGCAUCCAUACCACGGUACCACUCGUCCGCCUCGACGACCUCCGUGAACACGAGGGAAGAUACCCGGCCACAGUCAAAUAACGGCAGGAACCUGCCUAGAAAACCCCCGCCUCCGUCUCGGGAUCCCACCAACGAGAACCUCAACUCCAGCACCGACAUAGCGUCAACUCACCCAUCGAGCACUACGACCACUACCCCGGCAGCUGCGGCAGCGGCAAACAAGUCGUUUGACAUGGAUAAAAUGGCCUCGACCUCCAGUCCUUUCCAAUUCCCAUUGCAACACAACAACUCCUAUGCAGUGCAGUCAAACGUCUCCAUCCCAUACCCACAUUCGAAAAACUCCAGUCCGAACUCAACUCCGCAACCCGCCCAGAAUGGUUUCCAUUCUUCGUCCGAGCUGUAUCCUGCUCCAGAAUUGCACAGACGCUCGUUGUCCAAAUCCCAGAAACUGACAAACUUCCUGACCCCAAAGACAUUGAAGGAUGAAAUUAAGUCUCAGAGGUUGUACAACCAUCAGCUAUCCAACUCCACGACCACUUUACCCUCUCAGAUACAGCAGUUGAGCGUGAAUGAACCCAACUCUUUAACCAGCGACCUACUCAGCCAGCCAAUGACUGCUCCUACCAUGUAUGCCUCGCCUAAUGGAUCGACAGACUACUUUUCACAUCAGCAACUACAGCCAGAAGAUUUCUAUUCCAAUCCAAACAUGUCAGCAAGUAAGGUGAUGAAUAACAACAACAAUAGCAGUAGCAACAUAUACCAGCAAGCUACAGCAGUCCCGCCCCAACAGUUGGUCUUCAGAACCACGCUGCGGAAUGGCGAUAAGAAGGGUGGCUUUGGUAGAAGCAAGAAGAGCAAAACUGAAUUCAACGAAGAUAAACCGUGGAAAAAUCACGAGCGUGGUAACUUGAACACGGUCACCGCAGAUGAGAAAAAGAGAUAUGAAGGUGUUUUUGCUGCCAACAAAGGCCUGUAUAUUAAUCUGGACCUCCGUUUAACUGACCAGUUCAAACUGAAAACAGUCAAGGUUGGCGACUCGGUCACCUCUGAGCCGGAAAGAACACUCGCAGAUUUUGUCAACACUUAUUCGACGCCUUCUGAAAGAAUUCAUGGCUUAGUGGUUAGAGAUAUUUGGCAGCGUUCCAGGCUUGAUCAAGAAACUUUGAAGAAGAUGUGGAGCUUGGUAUUGGACGACCGUAAGCGUCGUUGGAUCAAGAGCAUAUCCAAUGGAGAUACAGAAUGGUUACUUGUGGAAGAUGCCGAUGUUGAUGCCGACGUUGACGUCGAUGUUGAUGACGUAGCUACAGUAAACAACGACGUAUCACAAAUCAAAGAACACGAUACGGCAAGAGAUGCAGAUGGGAAUCCGAUAUUCAAAGAGGGCUUCACCCUGGACCAAGCAGUAGAUACCAAAAAUGAUACCCCAAUAGAACAACCUCCGGUCCAGGGCGUUAUCCCUCGUAUAUCAAUCACCGUUAACCCCGAGGACGACCAUGAAGAAAACACCGAGUAUAACGGUUCCGAUGUGAGUAUCAAAACAAAAGAAACACAGGAAAAUGAAAUUGAUGAUAUUUUAGAGUCCCCAGAACAAGAAGAUGAUCAGAAUUCGGACAUGAAGUCUGACAGACAAGUAGAAGUACAGACAAUCGCACCACAGGACCAGCAUCGAAAGAGAAGUGACGGCCUUUGUGAUCUAUUGGAUACUGAUAGGAACCUCUUUGAUGAUGGUACACUGACGUGUGAUGAGUUUAUCGUUGGAAUGUGGUUGGUGGACCAGUGCUUAUACGGGCGUAAAAUUCCUAAAAUUGUGCCAAUUACAGUUUGGGAGACCAUUGGCGUUGAUUGGACAGUGUCCAGCUAUGGUGCAUACGGGAAUUACCCAUACCACUUUUACCAUCCACAUGUUCCUGGAAUUAACGGGGUUUCUGAUAUUGUCGGCAUGGGUAUCAAAAAGGGGAAAAAGGGUGGCAAGAACAGAAGGCACGUAUUUAAAAAGGUUAUUGGUAUCUAA